CCUUUUGCCUGCGGGAUGAUGGACAGCAGGAUACUGGAUGCUCCUCACGCCCAGUUCGGAGGCUCUCUCGGCGGGAUGGUGGGCUUCCCGUACCAUCUCAGCCACCAUCACGUUUACGAAUUAGCCGGGCAUCAACUUCAAUCUGCGUCAGCGCUUCCCUUCUCUAUAGACGGAUUACUUAAUGGCUCCUGCACGGCUUCAGUGGGCAAUUCCAGCCACCUCUUGUCUUCGGGCUGCGGGAUGAAUGGAGAUAAUCAGCAGUACAAACUGUCAGACUCGGGGGACCCAGACAAAGAUAGCCCUGGUUGCAAGAGACGGAGAACUCGCACAAAUUUCACUGGUUGGCAGCUGGAGGAAUUAGAAAAGGCUUUUAAUGAGAGCCACUAUCCGGACGUUUUCAUGAGAGAGGCACUGGCUCUUCGAUUGGACUUGAUAGAAUCAAGGGUUCAGGUAUGGUUCCAGAACCGCAGAGCCAAAUGGAGGAAAAAGGAGAACACAAAGAAGGGUCCGGGUCGACCUGCGCACAACGCCCACCCCACCACCUGCAGCGGGGAGCCCAUGGACCCCGAGGAGAUCCGCCGCAGAGAGGUGGACCGCAUGGAGAAGAAGAAACGAAAGCAGGAGCGCCGGCUGCUCAAGUCCCAGAACAGGCUCGCUGCUGGGGAUUUAUUUCACACCCCGGGAUCAGACAGCGACAGCGGGGUGUCGCAUGUGACCGACAGCGACCACACGGGCCCGCCUUUUGACUCCAUGGAGGGAAGCCAAGCGGGCUGCGACCCGACACCUCAGUCUAUCCACAACCAUAACCAAAGACUUUUGGAGCGGGAUGCUCGCGGGUCCGAGCCGGACUCGCCGGACGCCAGCAGCCUCCGGUCACUGUGCGCCAACAGCAGCGCGUCCAGCGUGCAGAAACUGAACCCUUUCAGCGUGGAGAGCCUCCUCUCGGACUCCAGACCGAGGCGCAGCCCCGCGGCCUUACCCCCCUCACGGCCUUUGAUAGGGAAGGGACACUUCCUGCUCUAUCCCAUCACACAGCCGCUUGGAUUCAUUGUUCCCCAAACUGCUCUGAAGACGCUGAACUCUGACAGCCACACGGAGAGGAACCAGAGCCGCUGCAGCGUGACGUCUGCGGGCUCUGCGGGAUGUAGAAGCAGCUCCCCGGCCUCUGCAGACCCGGCACCGAAGGGACAGGUGGGCUCGGAGGAAAAGACACGAUCACCGCACACCAGCCCACCGAGGGCCGCCUUUCCCACUGGCAAAAGUACUCAGACCUCUGUUAUUUGCAGCGAUUCGACUUUCGUCCACGAACACAGUCCAAUUACGCCUGUCGAUGCAGACAGAAAAGAGCUUUUAGAGAUCAAGGACCAGCCUGACCCCCCCGAGUGUGUCCUCAGUGACAGUCCAGCUGAAACAAAGACAAACUCUAAAGAAGAUGUCGACAUGGAAUAAAUCAUUGGGGUAAAAAAAAGAAAAGACAUCAUACUGAUAUAGCCUCUA